UGACAGUCAUUUCUACCUAGAAAACAGACGGGAUGCUGCAGUGGAAUUACCUUCACAAUAUUUUUCUCUUCUACUUCUCAAUGAAAUUUGGAAAUGGACUUGAAUAUCUGAAGUAUUUUAUAAAAGUACAAAACUGUGCUCUGAAAGACAGUAAAACAUUGAUGACACUUGACGUGGAUACCUUCAACUGUUCGAAGAAUUGUUUUGAAGCUUCUGUAUGUAAAUCCUUCGUGAGCAGAACGAUGAGUCCAAGCUGUAUUUUAUACGAAGAUGACUCAACAGAGAAAAUACUAAUAGACGCAACUAAUACCCAUUUUUAUCAGUUGAGAAGAUCUGUGCCGACCAAGUUUAGAGACGGAAGAUGUCCUGUGGAUUUCGUUUACAACGGUUAUGUUUUGGGUACGAAUGAUUUGGGUGUCACGUAUGGCAUUCAUUACAUGCAGUGUUUCUACGGAUGUGAAGCAGAACCAACCUGUCAAUCGUUUGACUACACCUUUCAUUUGAAAGCUUGCUACAUGUCAACUCAUAACCAUACCAAUGCAGGUUUGCGUUACCUCAAAGGUGACGUUUACACUGAAAUAAACAGAAUCUCUAAGGGACUACGAGGCAGUGACAUCAAACAUCGUUCUGAAGCUCUUUGCCUAGAGAUGCUGGUCGCUCAGUCCAUCAACAUCAUUAUGCGCUGGAUGGACAGGCAGGGUAAAUUACUCGGGAUAUGGUUUGGUCCACAUCUCCAAGUAGAGAAGCACUGGAAAGAUCAGGGUGACCAACUUUACUCAGAAAUUAGCCGAGCGGAAGUUAUCCUUGAAAGGUGGAGUAGAGGUGGCGAAUGCUUACAACAUUACCGUCAUACAUUGCCACCUGUGUUUCCGCUUCCUUUGGAAUUUACACGUUUCACUCGUCAUACGAUCCAUUUGCUGUCGACAACCGCUAGGUGGAAAACUGAGCACGCUGUGCCUGACGAUGAGCAGUCGGGCGCUGCGGUUGCGACAUCUCCAGAGUUUGAUUGGCGCUCACCAGGUGGGGUCGUCGUUUCUCAGACUCACUUUUCCGCAGCUCGUCUCUUUGGAAGAGUUACAAUCAUGCAGGAUCAAGAGUAG